GAAGGGUGGAGGGAGCUCAGAGCCUUCAUCGCAGCAGGGAUGAGGACAGCUUGGCCAGAAAUGGAACUCACUCAGCUUUCGCCUGUGACUGCAGUCACUUUCAACUAUGACUACUAUGAGGACAACUGCCAGUAUCACCAUCUGCAACAUAUGUCUACUUUCCUCCCUGUUCUGUAUACUGCUGUGUUCCUGGUGGGCAUCAUCGGCAACUCCAUCUUAAUAGUAGCCUUGGUCUUCAAGCGACGAAUCCAGAGGCUGAUUGACGUCUUUAUCAUCAACCUCGCUGCCUCUGACUUCAUCUUCCUCAUCACACUGCCAUUCUGGGUGGACAAGGAGGCGUCAGACGGGAGCUGGAGGGUCGGCUCUUUCCUCUGUAAAGCUAGUUCCUAUAUCAUCUCAGUCAACAUGUACUGCAGCAUCCUCCUCCUCACUUGUAUGAGUGCAGACCGGUACCUUGCUAUCAUGUAUCCCUCUACAGCUAGAAGGGUCCGAACAAGAUCCUACGCCAGUGGGCUCUGCAUCUGCGUCUGGUUAUUAUCGUGCUGCUUGGGGAUGCCAACCCUACUGUCCAGAGAACUAAAGGAGCAUUAUGGAAAGAUGUACUGCACUGACAAAGAGAUGACAGAGCCGAAGCAGAUUGCAUCACUGAUGAUUUUAAUCCUGGCCUUCUUCCUCCCACUGUUAAGCAUCUUAACCUUUUACUGCUCCAUCACCAGGAAACUGUGUAUGCAUUAUCAAAAGUCUGGGAAACAUGAUAAGAAGCUGAGGAAGUCCAUCAAGAUCGUCUUCAUUGUAGUGGCUGCUUUUGUUAUCUCCUGGGUCCCCUUCAAUCUUUUCAAGCUUAUAGCCGUCCUUUUGGGCCUCCUGAAGCCACCUGACUGUUUUCCUGACCUGGUUGCCCAGCUGGGCAUGAAGGUGAGCAGCCCUUUUGCCUUUGCCAACAGUUGUGCCAACCCUUUCAUUUACUACUGCUUUGACAACUACAUUCGCAGAGCCAUGCUCAGGUGCCUGUGUCCAUGGGUGAAAAUAAGCAAUAGCAGCAACAAUUCUGAUACUUUGGACACUCGCCUGAGCCAUUCCUUAUCCAAUUUUGUUGCGGGGGAGUAUGCCACUAGGAAGAGGAAGCGUUCUGUGUCCCUCUGAUUGGGAGCUGGGGCUGUGGAGGAAGGAUUUCUCACUGAAGAGAUGGCAGGAAAAGAAUAAAGCAAGAAAAGGGAAAAAAGAAAUAAGCAACAGAGGGGCAAGUGUAAUACAGUCAGCACUUCAGGUCAGAGGAACACUGUUUCACUUUAAAUAUAGAUAUCUCAUGCAGAAUAGUAAACCUUAACCACAGAACGACAGUUCACAAAGAUCACUGUAUCACUGCACAGUGUAAAUUUGAAACCCUCAUACCAAGAAAUAUCCACAAAUGCUUACACUGGAACCCCAGUAAAAUUGACUACAAACUAAAGAAAAACUCAUCCGAUUCACAGUCAAAGCCUCUCUAAGGCAAGCUUUGACCUGAAAUGCAUAGGUUUUUAUUCAGCCCAGAGGAAGAAAAACACAACACAAGAAGUGUUUCUUCUCUUUAGUUACCCACAACAAGAACACAAUGCCCUCAAAACAACCUGAUCAGUUAUGUUUAUUGGAGAUCUUCUGAAUUUAAAAAUUCAACAUAAUAAUGAAUUUGUAGGCUACCAGUUCUGAUAAUUUGCCUUGUGCAUUUUUCUUGAAGUCUCAGCUACCUGAUUACGGGAUUAAAUCUCAGUUUUAAUUAUAACAAUUAAUAUAACUUUCUAGCCCUUGUGAUUUCAGAAGAAAGAUAACCUGAAGGCAGAGAAACCAGAAGACAAGCAAAAGAAACCCUGCAUUUAACCCUUUUCUAAAAAAAGAAACCAAAACACAAAAAAACUCAUUCAUGCUUUUAAAGACAUAAUUUGGGGGGAUCUGACACAAUUUCUGGCUGCUUGGGUUGAUGGUGUGACAUUGUGUGCCAUUCAAAGUCCAGGUCUGCUUUAUUUAGCUGCAAUGGGUUUAUGUAAAGAUGCAUACAGUAGGGCUAUUUUCUCCAGUUGGAGUCAAAAAUUGAAUGCAAAUGUGCCUGAAAAGCAAAAUUAGCAUGACUUUCACAAACAUGUGAAUGAUUCUCUGAGUAUGCAUGCUGAGAAAUCUUGGGUGCAGGAAUGUUCACAGAAAAGGAAUUCAAAAAGACCACCAUAUUAGAUCAUUUAUGGAGUCGAAUAUGUCUUCAAAAGAUUUCUGGAAUUUACAAAGCACCGUCUCUAAUCUUCCAUGGUGACUUAUUCCUGUCCAGCAGUCUUUGGGAAACGUAGGUCUUGCUUUUCAUCUGCUGUGGGGAAGAUACUGCUUGCCUAACUGGUGUCAUGUCUGACAGCAAAUAGAAUGAGGAAACAGAGAAAGCUCCACAUUCUGAACAGCUGUAGGACAAUAUAGAUUCACAAGCUGAACAUAUAUGGAACAAGGAGUUAAGAAGCUCAACUGAAAACUGUUACUGGACUUCCAUAAAGCUGACUACAUGCAUUUUUUUUAAUCUUCCAUCUCCUUCUAAAUCCCACUGAUAGAAAUGUUUGCUUAAAACAAAGAAACCAAGUACAGUGUUUUAAAGUGCACAGUUAAAGUAAGAGUUAAACUUCCAACAGCACUGACACCUUUGUCAUAUUGUAACGUCCCAUAUUCUGUUGUCUCUCCUGUUAAAUGCUUAGCUUAAUACAUUACUGUUUGUCAUAGAUACAAUAAAUCUAUAUUAAAACAUCCAGGAUGUGUAAUGUGAAUGAGUUAGA